UUGUUAUUUAUUUUAAUCUGUGAUUUUAGCUCUAAUGUCGAAAUAACAGUGAAACUAGUGAAAGUCAUUAAUAGAAUUAACAAUAAUCUUACGAAAAUGAAUAAAUUAAAAUCAUCACAGAGAGAUAAAGUAAGGAAGUUCGUCGCGUUUACGCAAACGAGUGAGAGUACAGCCAUUUAUUGCCUUUCGCAAAACGAUUGGAAAUUAGACUUAGCCAGUGACAACUAUUUUCAGAACCCCGACGCAUAUUACAAAGACUCUGGCAAAUUUGCUGUUGACAGAAAAAGAGUUGAUCAACUGUUCAAUAAGUAUAGAGAUCAGCAGGAAAAUGAUAAGAUAACUGUAGAUGGUGUCAUGAAGUUCCUAGAAGACCUAAACCUUAGUCCGGAAUCUAUACUAGUUUUAAUAAUAGCAUGGAAAUGUAAAGCGGCAGUGCAAUGCGAGUUCACUAAAGAUGAAUUUACAACCGGCCUCAUAGAGCUGGGCGUAGACAGCAUAGAAAAAUUAAAAGCUAAAUUACCAACACUUGAAUUGGAAAUCAAAGAUCCAAAUAAAUUCAAAGAUUUUUACCAUUUUACAUUUAAUUAUGCUAAGAACCCUGGUCAGAAAGGAUUAGAGCUAGAUAUGGCUGUGGCUUAUUGGAAUAUUGUGCUUCGUGGGAGGUUUAAAUUUUUAGACCCUUGGUGUAAAUUUCUUACGGAGCAUCAUAAAAGGUCUAUUCCUAAAGACACAUGGAAUCUCCUACUUGACUUUGCGACACAAAUAGAUGACGGAAUGAGCAACUAUGAUGCGGAAGGUGCCUGGCCAGUUCUCAUCGAUGAUUUCGUAGAAUGGUGUCAAAAGCAAGGUUUAACAGCGGAUGGGGUCACAGCCCUAGAGCCAGCGUCCGGCUAGCUGACACUGAAAUCUAUUGUACAGCUCGAAGCGAACAUAACCAGUGUUCAGACACAAGUACAAGUCCGGUGUAGUGGAAUACGGAUGAAUCUAUCUCGCUUCGUCCUGUUCUUCGAAUUUUCUAGCUGACUAAAUCUGAAUUGUGCAGUGGACGCGGUAGGCUCGGAACUUUAAUGCGGAACUGCUUGCAAUGGUGUUUUUAUUUAUUACCCAUACAGUCUUGUUCUAUUCGUCCGUUACUUGUAGAUUUUACCUCCCUUUUAAAUAACUUUCAUUGCAAUAAAUAGGUUUUUACGUAUUUUGUCACCGUGUGAUAAAGUUUAAAAAUUGUAAGUUAGGUAUAGAAUGGAUUUUAUUGGACAUAAAAAUUUUGUCAAGUUAUUAAAAAUUUAAGCAAUCUAGUAAAUUAAAGUUAAAUUUACAAUCACCUUUUUAGAGGAAUUAUUUGUUCUGUUUUGUUAUAUCCAUUUGUAUCCUCAGUUAAUUCAGAAAUCUGUUUUUUUUGUUUGAAAUGACGUAAGUUUAUUGUUUAAUGCGUGAAACCAUUUAAUAAUUAUAUAGUUUGUGUUUUCUAACCACAUUGAAGCAAACCACUAUGUAAAUAUGUAUAUACAUGUUAAUGGUAUAUCUUUUUUUUUAAUUUUCCUAAUUAUAGCAUAGUUUUCUGUUUUGAUUUUCACAUACACCAAUUUUAACAAUUGAUUAAUGCAAAUAUACAAUUGAUUGUUGAUA